GCACCGGCCCCCACCGCCUGCAGGCUGUGCCCCGCGGGGAGGUACUGCAGAGGAGAUGCGAACUGGGAACCUGAUGGUCUGUGUUCAGCUGGGUACUACUGUGAAGGAGGAGCCACUGAUGUCAUUCCCCGAGGGACACCUGCCUUCCCACUCAAUGGGCCCUGCCCACUUGGGCACUAUUGUCCAGAGGGUACUCAUUUCCCAAUUGCCUGCCCAGCUGGGACCCUGAACAAUGCCACAGGUGGUACGUCCCCGGAGAGCUGUGUGCCAUGCCAUCCUGGGUCUUUCUGUGCUGGCACUGGUUUGAGUUCUCCAACAGGACCUUGUACUGAGGGGUUUUACUGCCCGGCAAACUUCAGCUCCAUCAGCCCCACGGCUUUCCUCUGCCCUAAGGGUCACUUCUGCCAGACAGGGGCAGCCCUCCCCAUGCCGUGCCCUGCUGGGGAAUACCAGCCGGCCAGGGGCUCUGCAUCCUGUGUUCCGUGCCAGAGAGGAUUCUACUGCCAGGAGCCAGUGGCAGGAGACCCCAAGCGCUGCCCACCACAUUCUUACUGUCCUACAGGCACAUGGGUUCCUCUCACGUGUCCUGAAGGCACCUUCACUCCUGCAAACAUGACUGGCCUCUGGAACGAGGAGGAAUGCCUGCCUUGCUUACCCGGUCACUACUGCAGGCACGGACGGCUGGAGGGGAAGUGUGCUGCUGGAUAUUUCUGCUUUGCUGGGAGCUCUCAAUCUGCUCCCCAGGGCCACAGCUUUUCCUGGCGCUUCCUCUCUGGGUGCCGCUGGGGUCAGGCUUGUGCAGGGCUGUGUCCUGCAGGUUUCUACUGCCCAGAGGGAUCUGAGGUACCUAUACCAUGUCCUGCCAAUACUAUUAGAGAUGUUCCAGGGGCUGUGAAGAGGGAGGACUGCCUGCCCUGUCCAGCUGGACACUGGUGCAAAGCAGGGGCUUCAGAGGCCUAUCCAUGUCCAUCCGGACAUUAUUGCUUUGGAGCCAAUGGCAGCGACCACAGUAGUGUCCUGGCACCUCAGAAAUGCCCGCCACAAACUUACCGCAAGUACCCAGGAGCUCAGAGCCUGACAGAUUGCCAGCCAUGUCCUCCAGGCUAUCGCUGCCCAUUAUCAGGUCUGACCAGGUUUGAGGAUUAUCCAUGCCCCCCUGGAUACUGGUGCCCUGGUAAAGGGGAUGCGUUCCUUUGUCCAGCUGGCACUUCCAGGAUCCGGCCUGGUGCAAAAUCAUUGGAAGAGUGUGAUCCCUGCUCACCUGGAUACUAUUGCCCGGAUCCAGCACAGACAGGGCUGCCUAACACCCAAGGAGUGCCUUGUAAACCUGGCUACGAAUGCCCAGCAGGUUCAGUAAAUCCAAAGCCUUGCAGGCCUGGCUUAUACUGUGGUGCUCACACGGCCGUGCCUUCCGUGUGCCCUGCCGGGUAUUACUGUCCUGAAGGAUCGUCAACAUACAACAGCCCUGAGCAGCUGUGUGUGUUUCCCUACUACUGUCCCCCAGGCAGUGCCCAUCCACUGCCUUGUGAAGGAGGGUACAUGGCCCUCAACUUGCCUGGUCCAAGGGAUUCAUUUGAGAAAUUCUGCAGAAUCUGUGAUGCAGGCACCUACCGUAGUGACUCCCUUAUCACGGCGCCCUGUCAGCCCUGCCCAGCAGGCUUCAUCUGCCCACAAGGCAGUGAGAGUUACCACAAGAAGCCUUGCCCCAGUGGCCAUUACUGCCCUCCCCUGGCAUCUGCCCCUCUGCCCUGUCCCCCGGGAACCCACGGGAGCAGCACCUUCGCGAAGCACUUAGAGGAUUGCCAGCCCUGUCCUGCCGGUGCUACCAGCUGUACCUGCCGUGGGCUGAACCGGGCUUUCCAGCAGUCAGAUGCCUCCUGUAUCUGCCAGGCUGGGUACGUUUACUACGAUGAGAGAGGCAAGAAAGACCCUGAUGGCAACAGCGAUCAGGACUGCCGACCUCAGGAUAAUGGCAUUGUCUUCCUUACCAGAGUCUUGGGAAGUGAAAUUCAUAAGGACUGGAGGCAAACGAUGCUUCCAUGUUACAGCAAUGGGGAGCAGCCAAGUGCCUCAGGAAUUUAA